UACUUUGGUCAAAGGGGUAUAAAUUUGAGGUGCAUCGGUCAGACAGUCAGAAUACUCCUGUUUCGAGUUGAAGUCAUUUGGACCUGAGAGCAACUGCAAACUGAAGAAAAUGAAGAUCCAAAUUUUGGUGCUGGCCUUUGCUUUGGUGGCUGUGAUCACUGCAGCACCAGCAGCACCAGCCAAAAAGGCUGCUGCAGUAGACCCAGAUGAAAAGGCUCUGGACGAUGCUAUUGCCAAGAACGGCCCUGCAAUAGACAAGGCGCUCAAAGACGUCACUGACGACGAUGCAAUGUCCGACUCUGACAUUCAGGACCUGGCUGUGAGCAACAUGAAUGACGCUGAUGCAGAUGAGGUGGCAAGCAACAUGACCUCCGCUGACACAGAUGACACGUUGAGCAGCUUGGAUGAAGAUGAUGUGGCCAGCAUGAUGACCUCCGCUGAUGCAGAUGAGGUGGCAAGCAACAUGACCUCCGCUGACACAGAUGACGUGUUGAGCAGCUUGGACGAAGAUGAUGUGGCCAGCAUGAUGACCUCCGCUGACGCAGAUGAGGUGGCAAGCAACAUGACCUCUGCUGACGCAGAUGAUCUGGUUGCGGCAAGCGACGCUGAUGAUGACGCAGACUCUGAUGAUGAUGCUGACGUAGCUGUAGCAGCAGACAACGACACUGACGAUGACGCAGACUCUGACUCUGACGCAGACUCUGCUGACGCAGACUCUGACGCUGAUGCAGACUCUGACGAUGACGACGCAGACUCUGACGAUGACGCAGACUCCGACGAUGACGCAGACUCCAACGAUGAUGCUGACGCAACCGAAGUGGCUGCAAGUGCUUGAUAAGCUAAGAAAUCAGAAUCCCUCAAAAAUCGUUAAAAAAAAAAUUGUGUAUUUUGUACGAUAUAUAUACAUGUGUAUGUGUUCUAUUUCUGCAGCUCUCCAGUAAAACAGGUAUCAUCUUGAUUGCCAGGCUAUGUACACUAAAGCCCUCUGAGGUAUUGUCUUACAAUAAUGGGACCGUUGUCCUUCGGGGACAAAUAAAAUUGACAGGUGACAAUGAUGUAAAAGCUUGUGACAACAUGAAAUAAAAGGUUUGUGUCAGUUUCAA